AUGGACCACUCUAGUCAACCGCCUGAAAUUCGAGGCCGUUCCGAUGAGUCACCCGAAGAAGCUCUUAUGGCAUCUUUUCGAGUUGCAGCAGAGUCCGUUGCUCAACUUUUCAAAAUUUCACUUAACCAAAAAAAACGUUAUGAUAACGGAUAUGAACAGUGUUUACGGGACUUGAUGGAAUUUGUUGCAUCACACCCUAGUGUUCAACAAAGAAGGCAACAAACCGGUGGUGAUGGCAGAGACGCGUUCAUAUCUGUUGAAGACUUAUGUAAUUUCGCUCAAUCUAAGACAGAACAUCUAAAAUCUGCAUCCCGUAGAAAUAGAGAGGAUGCAAUGACUGAUACCCAAUUACAUUCCUAUUCCGGUGCAUCGCCAGUAUCAGGAAAUAUUUUUGGGACUAAUAAUGAUCAAUUUGAUUUUUCCCUUCAACCAAAUAUUCUGCAUCAUUCUACUCAACAUGAAAUUGAUAAUAUUGAUACAGGACAAGAGGGUGGAAUUGGUAUUUUGACUGGAAAUGAUUCCUUGAAAAGGCGAUUUGGUGGAUCUACUGAAUUGAGUUUUCUUGGACGUCCUACAUCUUUGGAAUAUUCAUUCUUUGAGCAGCCAACCAAGAAGGGAAGGUUACGAAAAGACGAUUGA